UUUUGGUGAUGGAACAGUGUGUCCUGCUUGUCCAAUGGAAGAUGAUUAUCCAGUGAUAAUUUCAAUGGAUGGUAACUUUGGGCUUGUGCGGAAAAAGUCGUCUGGUGUCAGUUUUUCCGAGCCGAAGCAUGCGGGUCACUUCUUUUCUAAUCAGAGUGAGGUUGAUGAGUUUGUUCAAAAACAUAACGGAAACAUGAAGAAAGCUGGCUACGCUUGCAGCAAUUUCAAGGGUGGAAAUACUUUGAGGACAAAUAGUCCAUACGAAAAAUUGGAUGAGACAGCAGUUUUUGGCUCAGCAUGUCGUCAUGAAGUGCCCGUCAUUAUGUUUAGCCUAAAACAUGGAGAGAGAGUUCAGGUUCUGGUAGUCUUUUAGAUAGGUUGAAG